CUUGAGGUUUUCGUGCACUCGACAAUAUGCGUUCUUUCGCUCCUUCGAUACACUCUCUGAUUCUAUCCUUUCGGGUUAUUUUAAUGAAUGAAUGAAUGCUCAUAUUUAUGUGCUCACUCUUGGAUUCGUCUUCUUUAGUCUCCUGCUCUCUUUUUGUUUCUCUAUUCCUUUGAUCAGUUCUUGAGUUGUAUAUUUUCAAGAAUCGCUUCAAGGCAUUAACUCGGGAACCCUAGCUUUUGCUCUUCAGGUUGAUUUGUCUUGAGGAAGAGUUUUUCUUAUGGGCACGGUUGAGACUCGAUCCAAAACAUCGAUGGAGGGUUCAUCCCUUGCGCCUGCAAAUGAUAAGCCUCGAGGUUCAGAGUCUGAGAGCAGGACCCUUAAGGAGGCUCUUGCCGGUUCGAAGGGAGGGAGUCGAGAAACUGGUGUUAGGUUCUCAAGUAAUGGAAAUGGGGGUUUGGGCGAUGACGGGGAAGAAGUGGUCAAGAGCAGGGCCGUUGCAGCGAAAACUCCGAUUCAGAGAGGCCGAGAGGUAGAUACCUCCAACGCAAAUGAUUGUCAGGGUUUGGGUGAUUCCGAGAUGAAUGGCGUCUCUUCGCUGUUGAAAAUGCGGGAAAGCGGCAGAAAUGUAAAUUUUUCUCAUGUUGGUGGGAGUGACAGUGCUGACAAGCUAAACUGUAAUUAUGCUUCUACUGAGAGGAGAACACGAGCUGCUGAUUUUUCAAGUGGGGAUGGUUCGUUAGGGGUCGGUGUUGAAAAAAGACCUAAUAGGAAGAAGAGAAGAGAAAGUAAAGAGAAUAAUGAACGAGUUGUCACAAUAGAGGUUCCAAUUGUGGAGACUAGUGAGAACAAGGAUUCAGAAGACGUAGACGCCAGCGAUGAAGAGUAUGGACUCUCUGUUGGUGACUUUGUCUGGGGAAAAAUUAAGAGUCAUCCUUGGUGGCCUGGCCGGAUUUAUGAUCCUUCUGAUGCAUCAGAUUAUGCUUUGAAGUUGAGGCAAAAGAAUAGACUCCUUGUGGCUUACUUCGGAGAUUGUACCUUUGCUUGGUGUCAUCCAUCUCAACUAAAGCCCUUUGAGGAGAACUUUGAGGAUAUGGUGAAACAGAGUAAUUCUAAAUCUUUUGUAAAUGCUGUACAAGAUGCUGUGAUGGAGAUUGGUAGGCUUUUAGAUAUGAAGAUGACUAAUUCAUGGUUUGCUAGGAAAAGUAAGGCUGAAGUUGCCUCCCUUUUGGCAAAGAACUCUGGAAUAAAGGAUGGAAUUCUGGUGCCUGAGAAUGGUAUAGAGAAACUCUCGACUGUUCUUUUUGACCCAGUUGAGUUGCUUUCUCGAGUGAAAAAGAUGGCAGAGGUCAUUGCCAUCAGUAGUGUUCUUGAGCUGGAAAUACUAAAGGCUCGGCUCUCAGCCUUUUAUCUGUAUAGAGGAGGUUAUAAGUUGCCUAAUUAUCAUGCGCCCCAGCCAAUCCCUGGACUUGAAGACAAUGGAAUUGAUGAAACUGUGGAUAAAGGUAAUCGCAAAGAGACAACAGUACAAGGACCCUCUGAUGAGGAAUAUUCCUUGCCAGUGAGUCCAAAACGUGGUGAAGCAAGUCAUCCUUCAGGGACUAGAUUGCAUCAUAGAAGGAAACAGAAAAGCAUUGCUGAAAUUAUUAGAGAGGACAAUGAUCUUCAUACCAAAGUUAACGAAGGGGUAGAAAAUGAAGUAGUUAACCCUGGCAAAAUAACAGGGUCAUCUGGUAGAAAGAAGAGGAAAAGCCUUGAGGAUACAAUGACAACUACACAAGCACAGAAGACGCUAGGGUCACCUCCGUGUAAUGAUCAAAAUGUACCAAGUAGUGAAACUGUCGGCCGUGGGGCAAAUCAGACGGCCAAGGAGGGUACAUUAUCACAUUUGAAAAAGAAGAAAGAUGAUAUGGGUAAUAAUAGUGCUCAGAGUAAAACAGAAUCUCAUGUAGCCCCUGUAAUAAGAGAAGAGAACUUGAACAGGAAAGAAGGGAAAGAACAAAUUGAGAAGGGUUCUUUGUCAAGAGAAAGGAAGAAAAGCAAGUACUUGUCACCUCCUUUCACGACUCCAAGCAGAGGUCAGAGGAAGGGCGAGAAAGAAACAUCGGUUAAGGAUUCCGGCAAAGCUCUAAUAUCUGAGCAGAUCACCAGAGCUGCUGGUGAGCUCCUAGGGACCUCCACUCCUUUGAAGAACGAUGGUCAGGCAAUUCAAGAGACUCUACCUAAAGAACCUGCUGCGGUUCAGGAGAAUAUCCCUAAGGAACCUGCCAUAGAUCAUGAUCUUACAGAUAAAUUAAAUUCCCAAGCACCAGAAGAGAAGAACGAGACUAUUGAUCUUAAGAAAAUACAGGCUUCUCCUGGAGAAGUCAUAUCUAAAGUCCGCUCUGCUGCCUUGAAUCCACAAGUUCCUAAGGAUAUUAAUUUUAUUGAAAAGAUUGUGGGCUUUAUUUCUGUUUUCAGAAGCUCAAUGUAUCGCCAGGGAUCCUUCUUCACAUUGUGCAACAAACGUCAACCUGGCAGGAAGAGGAAGAAUCCAGAAUCUGAACCUGGGACGUUAAGGAAAUCCCAAAACCUAGCUGAUUACUCGUCACCUAAUCAUGAAUCUGAGAAGAGGAAAAGAAGGAAGAAGAUGGAUACUGUUUCUGGUACACCGAAAGAAAAGCUGGUUGCUGAAAAUAAAAUGACAGGCCGAAAGGGGGGUGACGAAAAUGUGUCAACUGCAGCACUUGUUAUAUCAUUUGGAUCGGGAACUUCACUCCCUUCAAAAUCUGAGCUUAUAACGUUGUAUAGUCAGUUUGGAGCUCUGAAUGAAGCAGAAACAGAUGUAUUUUGUACUAGUUACACUGCUCGAGUGUGCUUCCUGAAAACUUCUGAUGCCGAAGUGGCCUUAAAUCAUUCAAAAAAUGUGAGCCCAUUCGGAUCUUCUGACGUGAAAUUUGAGCUCGGGCAUUGCCAAGUUGGAUCCAAGUCCGGUGAACAUGGUGGAAAACCGAAGGCCAAAGCUUCUACUGCGAGAAAGAAAGACAGGACCCCGGCCAAGCCAUCUACUCCACACUCACCUGUUAUGGGAGUAUCCAACUUGGACUUCAUAAAGCAGAAGCUUGAGGCUAUGAGCACAGUGCUGGAAGGAUCGGAAGGUAUGUCAUCAGAUAUAAAGAAAAAAAUAGAGAGCGACAUUAAGGGGCUCUUGGAGAGUGUGAGAAAAAUGGCUGAAUCUUCGUCGUCUUAGAAAAAAGACUCGAGAGACUUGUAUUAGUAGUGUAGCUGAUCAGGGUAGGUUUAGUAAUAAUAUGUCAUUUGCUUUUAGUGGUCUAUGUUAUCUGAGGAUCAAUUUGUAUGCGUAAUAGCUGUAGACUAAAAUUAUUUGCGGCAUAGUUGGGUCAUCAGAUUCUGGUCUGGCUAUUUUAUUUGUUGCAUGCAUAGUCUGUAUAGAGAUCGACAGCGUUUUAAUUUUUUUUUCUGUUUUUUGUCAUAGUUGCCUGAAAACAGCCUGUAAGGAUUAAAACUGAAGUUUUUUUUGUUAUAGCGUUUUUCUGUCGUCGUUUUUGAUU